AUGGAUUUCGCGUCGUUGUGGAACCCCGAGCUACUGGACAUGAACGACCCAAAGAAUCGGAGGCCGUAUAGGCUAGUAGUGUAUUAUGGAGGUGGAUUUAUGACCUUAGCUGAGUAUAAUUAUUGUGGGAAAUUUAAGAAGGUGUGGAAUAAUGUUGAUUUUUUAGCAAUGACAAUAAAGGAAAUUAGGGCUAAGGCUAGUGAGGUUGUAGGAGAUGAGGAUACAAUUUACUACAUGAAAGAUGGGGUAACUCCAGAUAAAGGGUAUGAGUCACUGAUUUAUGAUGAAGAAAUUGAAAGGGUGGCUAGGGUUUCAAGAUUCACUGGAGUGGAGGGAUAUGAGCUUGAGGAUGUUGGAGGUGUUUACCCAACCAGUGCUGAUAUGAAAAACAAGAAAUUCACUGCAAGGAAGAGAUAUUUGAGCAAGACUCAAGACAAGGGGAAAGGGAAAUCAGUAGUGUUGGAAGAAGAUGGGGACAAUGAUGAUGACUAUGUGGCUGAAAUGGAUGAGCAAGAAGAUGAAACUGAUGAUGACAGUGGGUAUGUGGAGGAAGAAGAUGAAGAGGAGUGGCCAUGUAGUGACACUGAGCUAGCUGAUAUGAGAAGAAUGAGAGCACAAUUGAGAGAAGAAAAUGAUGCACUAGAGAAGAGUCAGAGCCAAGCAAGAAGAGAUUCUUUGAAAGGGUUGAGUGGACAGAGAAAUGACUCUAGUUUGCUUAAAGAGCCAAUUUAUAAUAAUGAGUUAGAGGAGGAAGAGGAUUAUGCUUAUGCAGAGCCAGCAGUAGCACAAAAGCAUAAAGCAGGGGCACAUGAGGUAUUUAACAGAAGGAGAUGUAAUUCUUCUACCACCAAUGAUGAAAAAACUGAGGGGGAGGCCCAAAAAACAAAGGAGAAGGGAAGGCUGGGAAGGUGCAGUUAAGAAGGGGAAGGGCAAAUUCAACAGCAUGACUAGAUUGGGAAGAGUCAUGCACUGUACUAUCUGCAGGGAGAAGGGGCACAACUGAGGAUACUGUCCAAACAAGCUAGAAGGCUAUGUUGAACAAGCUAGGCAAAAGAGGGGUGGAAAGAGAAAGGUUACAACUGAGGAUGAUUUAGAGGUUGAAAAGGAGCUGGAAAGAAAUGAGGAUGAGGCUAUGACUGGGGAAGCUGAGAUGAUGGAGGAAGCACUUAGAAUGAGUGCAGAGGAGGUAUUCACACCACCCCUACCAUCCAGUCAACAACCAACACAGGUUCCAGCGAACUCUCCUUCAAACCCUCUAGAUGCAGCUGCAGGGGGGGUGAAGCUACAAGGGGCAGUCAACAGACCAAAAAGAAGAGGGACAAGGCUUUUAUUCAUCCAAGAAAGAAGCUUUAGUUUAUCUUAGUGGGAAUCUUUAAAGACUUGUUUUCUAUGAAACUUUUGUAUUAUUUAUGCACUGUAGUCAGUCAUGGACCAUGACUUUGUUUAACUGCACAGUUACAUUGGUUAGCUGGAUUCUUGAUUUGAUUGACAUGUGCUGCUUUUGGUUA